AUGACAGACAAGUAUCACGAAUGGUCUGUUGCAAGUCGCUACCUUGACCAAGGCGAGGAUAUCCACUGGUUGGCUGCACCUUGGGGCCACAAUCUGACGCGAACCUCACCAACGACACAGCCUCGCGCCCGUCAGCCUCGCCUGGUUGAGUAUGAUCUCCUCCCGCGCGCUUUGGGAAUAUGGGCAAGGGUAUAUGCGUUCGGCGACAUGACGCUGGAUCCCGAGUACAGAAGCGGCAACCUCACUGCAUGCGAGAAAGAAUGUUUAGCAGGUCCUGGCUAUGUCUCCACAUCUUUGUUGUACCAACUGGAUUGCACUGGUGGACCACUCGACGACCAAUGCUAUUGCGGGAAUCUCACCGAAAGCCUGAACUAUGUUCAGUCAUGCACGAGUACAAGCUGCAAUAGGAACGCCUCGCAAGUCUACCAGGCCGAGUCCUUCCUGGCACGGUUUUGCACGUCUGCCGCGCAAUCAAAUGGGUAUACGAGCAUUUUGAGCGCCACGACAAUACAUCUUGAUCAAGCUUACAGGAUUCUCACAGUGUCCGCUGCGGUGGCAACAGGUUCUGCGUCAGGGCCUACAUUGACGUCUGCGGUCACGUCUGCAGCGGCUGCCUCCGUGCCGACUGCGACAGGAACUGGAGGAUCCGCAAUCGUCACAGGUGCCUCGCCAGGUGCUGCACCAUUAUCUACGACUGGCAUUACUGGUGCAUCCGCUGCAACGAGCACUGCAGUCGCCGGCAGCAAGAAGGCCGGCUUGAUGAAAAGCGAAAAGGUCGGCAUCGGAAUUGGGAUCGGUUUGGGCGUGCCCCUCAUUCUAGGUGGGAUUGCUGCAUUCUUGGUUUUCUCAAAGCGCCGGAAAAGCCGUGGUGCAGGUGGUCCGUACGACGCAGUCCUCAUGAACGAAAAGAGAGGUAACGAGAGCUAUGGCAGGGCGAUCAUGGAGCCACAGGAGCUACGCGCCAUGCGCUCGGCAGCACCGUUCUUACCAGCAGCUGCAGCAGGAGAUGUCAGUGUAAGUGAAGUACCGUACCAGCCGCCAGUCUCAGCUUCGGCAAAGCAACCGCAGUACAGCGACGUCCGGGUAUCAACAGCCGAGGAUGAUGAAAGCUUGCGAUACGAGCACUCACACUCACCUCAGGAGCCGCGAGGUCCACGAGACACGCCGGCGUCUGCGACAAUGCCACGUAGUGCUGUGUCAAAUCAGCUUUCCGUAGCAACGGGCCACUUUGACGACAGGGAUGAUGCACCGCACUCACCCAUCUCGCCAGUUUCGCCUAUCUCGCCUACUGGAUCCAGGCCGGCAUCGCUAAGGCAAGAAGGCGCGCACCAUGAUUUAUGACCUGAUUGAGCAAUGCGUGGGCAUUUACUGCAGCAAAUGAGGAACGAACGAUCAGUGUUCACAUCAUU